AUGGCGAACGAACUCUCGCAAACCCAAUGUCUGACGCCAGGGUCGCUGCAGCAACAACUGGCCGCAUUCAACCAGCCGCUAGCUUUCAUUCCGGUUCAGCAGCACGGUCCUGCAGCUAGUACACACCUCGGCUCGGGUUCGUCGUCGGCGUUGAUGCCAACGAGCGCGACUCAUCGCUCACCGUAUCCGUUGCUGAACGCGACGUCACCAUCGUCCGACUCGCUGUUCUCGGUCUCCACCUCGCUCAAUUCACUGCCUUCAGAAUGUCCCGCUCACCGCAGUGACUUAGACCUGAAAAUGGAAAUCCCCGAUGGUGAGUUAAGGAUGUUUAAUAUUAUAUUAUUGUUUGUUUUCACCGACACUAUUGCGAAAAUGUCUGUCUUUGAAUAG